UUUUUAACUGCCUGAAACCGAGAGAGAGGGAGAGGGGGAGGGAAAGACAAACGCCAAAAACAAUGUCCGCAUUUUCCGACUCGUUCGCACAAAGUGAGUCAACUCGUCCUGUUGACGACGACGAUUCCUACGCGGGUUACAAUUCACAGCCCUUCGAUGAUUCAUUCGCCACCGGCGACGAUGUUUUCGAGUCGCAGCCACCGAUCCACGGCCAGUUCUCACCUCAAGGGAAGGGAGAGUUUGGUGGAUCGGAGGGUCAGAUUUCGCUGUCACCGUCGGAGACGGAGGCUGAGCAGGGACCUGCUCUCAUAGAAUGGAGAAGGCAAAAUGUGAUACUAUUGGAGGACAAGGAGAGGAGGGAAAAAGAGGUACUGAGCCAAAUAAUCAAGGAAGCUGAAGAUUACAAAGUUGAAUUUUACAAGAAGAGGCAGUUCACUUGUGACAGUAAUAAAAUCACUAACAGGGAAAAAGAGAAGUUAUUUCUGGCCAACCAAGAAAAAUUCCAUGCUGAGGCUGAUAAGAAUUAUUGGAAGUCAAUUGCAGAGCUCAUUCCUAAUGAAGUGCCAGCUAUAGAGAAGAGGAAAGGGAAGAAAGAUCAGGAGAAGAAGCCUGCUAUUGUUGUGAUCCAAGGCCCAAAGCCUGGGAAACCGACUGAACUCUCAAGGAUGCGGCAAAUACUAUUGAAAUUGAAGCAUGAUACACCUCCUCACCUGAAGCAUUCCCCAGCAGCAGCAUCCACUGCUAAUGCUGCUAAAACCUGUGAUGCCACAGGAGUAACUACUUCCAUCAAGGCUAAUACUGUGGUGACUGCUUCUGAGCCUGUAUCUGUUGCUUGAUAAUUUUGUUGUUGCUUUCAUUCUCCAUUUAUUGAAAGGUGCAAGAACUCAUUAGAAUUUGGUUGGUUUGGCUAACCUUUUUAGAUAUGGUUCCCUGUUAUACUAGACUGCUAUUUUAUUUUAUUUUGCCUUUAUUGUGCACACAACUAGGGCAUUUGAGCAGGUUUAUGAUUUUAUACAUUGCUUAUAAAAUUUCACAACAGCUUUUUCUAGCA